GAACCUUUGUGGGAAAAGUACUUGGUGUGAACGCGCCUCUUCUCUCUCUCUCUUUAGAUAUGGAGUCAGCCAUAAAGACUGUGGUCACCACGUUUCUAAGUUCUACCAAGGGGAAGGAGAACCUAAACGGAGGCGGCUUCCAGAAGCUGGUAAAGAACAAGCUUGGUGGCCUAAUGCAGGAUACCAACUGCUCCUCUGCCGUUAAGGAGAUGCAGUCCGGAUUGGAUGCGAACAAUGAUGGAAAGGUCAGCUUCCAGGAAUACCUCACUCUGAUUGGCUACCUGGCCUCCUCCCUCAGUGCGAGCAAGACUGGAGCCACUGCAGAUGCAUCAUAGAUGUUAAACCACAGUGUUUGUGGGAGCAGCAUUUAUUUUGGAGGAUUUUUAAGUAUAUUUUUUUGAUUUCUAAAUGCUAAACAUCAGAUAUACAUUUUUUCAAAACAGUCCAUACUUUUCAUUCAGUUAAUCAACCAGUUGUGUAAUGCUCUUAAUGUCCAGAUCAGCCUUUUUUCAUUCACACCAUAUUGAUCUCCACUGUCAAGGACACAUUGAAGGACUCUAAGAUGGGAGUGUCUUUUUUAUACCAAUUAUAUACCAGAUACUCACUGUGUUUUCAGAAUAAAAGCUUUAUACAAUGAAACUAUA